CAUGUCAUACCUUCUUUGACAUCACUUGUCCAGUAAGGUCAAAAUACGUCUCCUGAGUAAAGUUGAUGUUAGUAGAUACUUCCAAACAACUUUGAGUAGAAUCAUUCAAAAAGAUGUUUCUACCGCACCCUUGCUCGUUAACACUACAUCCGGUUUCCGACAAAGAUACAGCCCUUGCUUACUUAUGAAUGUACCCGAGCCACAACUGCGUCACUUCCCGAUGACGAGCUAGCUUUAGCGUAGUUUCAUUUAAGAUUUAUUAUCAUAGGGAUGAUACUGUUUACUACCUAACACCUUGCCCCUCCUCCUUUAUCCGGGCUUGAAACCAGCAACAUAAGAUAAACUUACACAGGCGGAGUUAACAAAUUGCACUUUGAGAGUACUUUUGCUUUGACAAGGAGUAAUAAAUUGUGUCUUGGUGUACAUUGGGUGCCUUGACAAAGAAUACUUUGAAUAAAUCUCAGGCGCUGUGACAAGUAUUACCAAAUUGUGACAUGAGUACUUUGAGUGCUUUAGCGAGGAAUAAUAAACUAGGUCUCAUUUGGUCUUUAAGAUUAAUUUAUAAAUCUUCACGGUAUAUUGAAGGUAAAUGUGACCGAUUUAUUAAAGAAUUAGAAAAGGAUUGGACAUGUGGAAUGAACAAGUUUACUCCACUUGCACUUGAGCUUGAAGCCUCUUUUUAAUCCUAAAGAUUCUAAAAGUAAAGCUUUAGAAACCCUAAAUUAUUUCAGAAUCUCAAGCCACAAUUAUAUUAUCAGCGAUAUGGCGGCCAGACUCAAAGCUCGCCUGUGUAGGAGACAAGAAUUUAGUCAGCAGGGGUCUGAGGACUCAUAGAACACCUUAUUAAUCUUAAUUCAACUGCCCUUUCAAGCAAGAGUUGUCUUAGAUCAAUGAAUGAGAAGGAAGAGAGUGAAUACGACACAAGAAAUGAAGCCAUCCAGCAUGAAAUCAGUAAUUGAACGAUACAACAAAGCUAAAGAGGAGCACCAUCAAUUUGGGAAUCCAGCUUCUGAGAUUAAGUUAUGGCAAAGGGAAGCAGCAAUGUUGAGGCAACAACUUCAAAACUUGCAAGAAAACCAUAGGCAAAUGAUGGGAGAAGAGCUUUCUGGUCUGAGUGUGAAAGAUUUACAGAAUCUGGAGAACCAAUUGGAAACAAGUCUUCGGGCUGUCCGAAUGAAAAAGGACCAACUUUUAAUGGAUGAAAUAGAAGAACUAAACCGAAAGGGGAACCUCAUUCACCAAGAAAAUGUCCAUCUGUUUAAGAAAGUAAACCUAAUUCGUGAAGAAAAUGCGGAGUUAUCUAAGAAGGUUAAUGAAACAAUGGAUGUAAAUGAAGCCAACCGAAGUCUCAUUCUGACAAAUGGUCAAGGUAUUGAAGAGGACUCACAUGGACCUGUCCGUCUCCAGCUUAGCCAGCCACAGCAGCAAAACUACGAGCCAGUAGCAAGGGCUACAAAUCUGGGGUAUACCUCCUUCCUAAAACUACAGUGUCUAUUAUGAUAAUCACUUUUAAGUUUUCAUUUUUUUGAUCAAACUAUUUCCGUGACGACUACGGCAGACUACAACUACGCUAGCCAAGAAGAUGCAUCAGACUGGGAUGAUGUUACUUGAUUUCUCAAGAACAAGGCUGUUGGAUAAAAUUUAUGUUAUAUUACACUAAUGUGGUAAAAGACCUGCAAAACAAUCAGCAAAAGGACCUUGAUUUGAAAACAAUGUUUUGAUGUGUGUGUGACAAUCAAAGAAACCAGCUACAUAUGUAAAGAUGAGAUUCAUAUAUAAUAAAGAAUAAUUGACUUGCACUUCAGGUGCACCGUAGCGUUUAGAAA